AUGCUUGCCCAAAUCCACCACAAGGUUGCCGCUUGGUUCAUUCCUUUGGAAACUGGCUGGGCCAGGACUAAUGCCAGCGGUCUUUUGUCGAACGUGCUAAAAGAAGUCCAAGUUGAAGUCGUGUCAGAGGAAGAUGUAGGUGCUGAGUGGAAAUUAGCAUGCGAGCAGGCGCUCGUUAUUAGCGCUUCUGCACGUGCGUUCUUUGCCUACGGGAGAGUAUGAGCAAAGUGACUCUGCAAAGGGUCCAGCAUUUAUUAGUGCCAUACCUCCCGCCAACCUCCCUCCGAUUCGUCUUAAAUCUUCCUGUGGGUGGAGAAACAUGCGUCCUACAGAGCUACUGAUGAGGGCCUCCUCCAAGGCUAUAUGAAAGUGUGCGUACGUGUUUUAUUUUUGUUUUUUGUUUUUUGUUUUUUUUGGUUUUGUUUUCUGUGGUGGUGUAAAGGUAGGACGUCAGCCCAGUCCCAUGGCAGUCUGUAACACGGAGCAAUUCAUCAUGUAACGCUGAGGGCUCUCUGGUACUCACACAUACUCCUGCAUGGGGAGAGUUAUUAUGAAACUGGAAUGUCUUGCCUAAAUACACGACUCAAUAAUCCUUGUUACAGAUCGAACCAGGAUACUUCCAUCCAGAAUUAAUCUGACCAGUUGUCUCGUCAUGACCUAAAGAAACUCUAUUCCGUUUCUUUAGGAGAGUUCUUAGACUUCCAAAUUUUCAAAUUUCUGCACUCUGAUUUAAUGACCCUCUCAUUUUUUCGUUAUUGAGGGGGGAGGAGGGGGAAUGCGGACGACUCGUAAACUGUUACCUUUCGGUGCGCAUGCGUCUACUUUCGGGGUGGCUUGUGCGCCUUAAGGUAUGCUCUUCUCAUUUGCCACGAGGACAUCCCGAGCGAUGCAAAACACCAUUCCGUUUUCACUUACCAGAGUUAACACUCACCUCAAAAUCCGUUCAAACAUGAUUGCUCCUCAGUUAACACACGUACAUAAGCUUCAGCACAGAUGCUUUAACAAAGAGAAAAGGGAAUUGGCUUGUCGGGCAAAAACCAAGAAAACGCUGAAUUAAGAGCACGGACACGAAACGGAAAAUUGGAUAUGAGAAUAAAUUUUUUAAGGGGAUUUCCAAAUAGAAGCUAUGAUUUUCAAUUGGAGUCUUAAUUCAAGCUUUGGUCUACAAUCGACACAGUUCUAGACUAUUCUUGCACUGAGUAAUAACACUAACGAAUAUUUCCCCUUUCCCUCCUUUCCGUUUCAAGUUAAACCGUAUCUGGAUUUUUCAUAUCAUUUCUUUCAGCCAAGAGAAGCAGUUUUUUUCACCAAAUCUAAAUUUUGGGGCGAAGGAGGCGACUGUUUCGGGGACUCUGGUGGCCCUGUGGUUCGCGAGGAAGAUGGAAGGUGGUACUUAGAAGGGGUUCACAGUUAUGGGAAGAAUGCUUGUGCUAAAAGAGACCGAACCUAUCUCCAGGCUGAUGUGCGAGUUGUUCUUCAGUGGAUCCAAGACACUAUUGCAAACAAUUAA